UCCCCCUCUUUUCGGGCGCUCGUCCGCAGCUAGUACCAGAGCUCUUAUUGCAGACCUAUGAACCAAUCCAUUGUUUAUAUCGUCGACUUCUUGCGGGGGGCGGGGGGUACUCUGAAAGAAAACAGACAACGAAGGACCACGAAACCUUGCUUUGAAGGGAUCUCCUACCACAGGAUUCUAAAACUGUAUCUUGGACUGAUCUUCAAGUCAGUAAUCCUUCUGAUUGACAGGAGACUGGGCCAGGAAGAAUCAACUAUCAACUCUGUUGAACACAUUUCCACCAGAACUGAUUUUGAAUCCAUGUCUCAAGAAGAGAAAAAAUCAGAACAAAGUUAUUCAACACUGGAGACUGCUGGAGGAGACAUUAAGGAUGCCAGACAUCAGUAUGAAGGAGCCGUGGUGAUUCUUGAUGCAGGAGCACAGUAUGGAAAAGUAAUUGACCGGCGUGUUAGAGAACUUUCUGUACAGUCAGAAAUCCUGCCACUUGAGACACCUGCGUUUGCAAUCAAAGAGAAUGGUUUUCGAGCUAUCAUCAUAUCUGGGGGACCAAGUUCUGUCUAUGCAGAGGAUGCUCCAUGGUUUGAUCCAGCGAUAUUUACAAUUGGCAAGCCAGUCCUUGGAAUCUGCUAUGGAAUGCAGAUGAUGAAUAAAGUUUUUGGAGGUACAGUACACAGAAAGAAUGUGAGAGAAGAUGGUCUGUUCACAAUAAAUGUGGACAAUAGCUGUUCACUGUUCAGAGGUCUCCAGAAAGAUGAGCUUGUUUUGCUCACUCAUGGUGAUAGUGUGGACAAGGUGGCAGAGGGAUUCAAAGUUGUUGCGCAAUCUGGAAACAUUGCAGCAGCGAUUGCGAAUGAAUCCAAGAAACUCUAUGGUGUUCAGUUCCACCCAGAAGUGGAUUUGACAGAGCAUGGGAGAGAUAUUUUGAAGAAUUUCUUGUUUGAUAUUGCUGGAUGCAGUGGGACAUUCACAGUUCAGAGCAGAGAAGUAGAAUGCAUCAGAGAAAUACAAAAGAAAGUAGGACAUUCCAAAGUUCUGGUACUACUGAGUGGUGGAGUAGAUUCGACAGUGUGUACAGCUUUAUUGAAUAAGGCUUUGAACCAAGAUCAAGUAAUAGCUGUUCACAUAGACAAUGGUUUCAUGCGAAAAAGAGAGAGCCAGUCUGUUGAGGAAGCCUUGAAGAAACUUGGUAUUAAAGUCAAAGUGGUUAAUGCAGCACAUGCAUUCUACAACGGUACAACAACUCUGCCAAUUUCAGAAGAAGACAGAACUCCCAGAAAGAGAAUAAGUAAGACCCUGAAUAUGACAACAAAUCCUGAAGAAAAAAGAAAAAUAAUAGGAGAUACUUUUGUGAAGAUUGCAAAUGAGGUAAUUGGAGAAAUGAAUCUGAAGCCUGAAGAAGUGUAUCUUGCUCAAGGUACUUUGAGGCCAGAUUUAAUUGAAAGUGCUUCAUUAGAGGCGAGUGGGAAAGCUGAUGUCAUCAAAACUCAUCACAAUGAUACAGAACUGAUAAGAAAAUUGAGGGAAGAGGGUAAAGUGAUUGAGCCCCUAAAAGACUUUCACAAGGAUGAAGUGAGAGCAUUAGGCAGAGAGCUGGGUCUUCCUGAAGAUGUAAUUUUGAGGCACCCAUUCCCAGGACCCGGUCUUGCUAUUAGAAUAAUCUGUGCUGAUGAGCCUUACAUUUGCAAAGACUUUGCGGAAACUAAUAACAUUUUGAAAAUAGUAGCUGAUUUCUCUGCAAGUGUGAAAAAGCCGCACACACUAUUGCAAAGGGUCAAGUCCUGUACGAGCGAUGAAGAACAAGAACAGUUGAUGCAAAUUACAAGCCUGCAUUCACUUAGUGCUUUUCUUCUGCCAAUUAAAACUGUUGGCGUACAGGUUAGUGUUGCAACGUAAAUAUUACAAAAGAAGUCAAAUGCCAUUUAGAGAUAGU